AUGUCUGCAUCUCCACCGCCUCCUGCGUCUCCCCACACGACGGCGCACGCAUACGCCAGCAAUGGUUUGGAGAUUCUGCAGGCUGCCAGCGAUGCAGCUCAGGCCAUCCAAAACUCCGAGGCCCUGCAGCAUGCUGCUGCGCAGGCCGUCGGCCAGCAGGGCGUCGCGCAUCUCGGCCCGGGUGCUGAGAUGCCCGCGCACUUGGUCUCGGGGCAGAGCAGUGCCAUGAUGCGGGAUCCGACCAUCAACCCCAAGUUGACCCGUUUACGACGCGCAUGCGACAUGUGUAGUAUGCGUAAAGUCAAAUGCGACGACUCCAACAUCCCCUGCCGGCCAUGUCGCGAGCUGAAUGUCGACUGCACCUACAAUCGCGAGACGAAACGUCGAGGACCGCCGAAUAAGCAUGCCGAGGCUGCCAAAGCCGCGAAAAAAGCACGCGUCGAUACUCCAAUUUCUGGGUUUUCCGCCUCGCCAUCGCCCCAGAAUGCGGCCAAGACGCUCCUGACGAUUUCAUCAGACGCUGUUCUCGACGCAGAGUCAAUUGCGCCAAUGCCAGUUCUAGAGCUUCUUGUCGACGACUUCUUCACAUAUAUCCAUCCGCUUGCGCCGUUCCCUCACGAGCCUACAUUCCGUCAGUCUUUUGCCAACCGAGAAGACCGUACGCGUCCCGAAUUCCUAGGUCUACUGUCUAGCAUGAUCGGCGCGCUGGUCGCGUCUUUCCCUCGCUCUGUCAGAGAACACCUAAAGUCUCAACAUAGCACGCAUCUGUUUCCCAAGGCCGUGGUAAUGGUAGACAAGUGCCGCGACAUUGCACUCCAUACCCGUGGAGCCAGGUGGCCUGUCAAGCAGCCCAAGACUCUGGACGAUGCCAUGACUAGCUACUUCCUGGGCCUUGGUGCAGCCUACACCAUUCAGUACAAUGUCGCUCGUAUUUUCCUUUCAGAGACUCUUACUCUAAUCCGCGAGCUUGGUUUCACGCGGCCCAAGCACCAGGGCGAGCAACCAAACUUUGGGCACGAAACUUACGGGAACGAGCCUCUUCCAUUCAACCACAUCAAGGAUCAGAUUGGAAAGAGAAUAUUCUGGUGCUUGCUGCUCGGCAACAGAACAAUAUUUCAACUUACGUCGCACAAUGACAUGGUCAUCGCGCCGUCCACUCCGAAUCUCCCAUACCCGGCAUACCCUGAGAAUGUCGACGACAUAUGUAUUCAAGCAAACGAAGUCAUCCACCAAGCCGACGGCAGCGUUACCCUGCUCACAGGAUUCCGCUUUGCCAUUGACAUAUAUACAACUAUGAACGGCAUUGUCAGCCUUGAGCUCGCGUACGGCAUGAGUACCCUACCCUGGGCCGAUCAGCGCAUUCUGCUGCGAGACGGCCUGAUGGCUGCCAAGAGCAUUAUCGAUAACUUACCACCGGAACUCCAGCUAGGCAGCUCGAGCGCCGACUCAAAUCCGUUGGCGAGCCUAGACGAGUCCGGCAUGCAGUACGUGCCGCCUGUUUGGCCCAACAUGCAGCCCUCGCACGAUUUGCGCAACGUGAUCAAGACACAUCCAGUCCGUCGCCGCCAGCUCCAGUACGAGAUCCAAAAGGCCAAUAUUUUCGUGUCACAGCUUGCCACACGAUCCUAUUUUGUCGAGCUCUACUUUGACCUGCGCGACAUCCACCUGACGGAGCACCCCGACUCCGCUGAGGGCCAAAACGGGGACAACAAGGCAGCCCUGGACGAUCACCACGGUGGCGACGACAAGGAGAUUUACGAACUCAUGUCGACGGAGCGCGAGCUUAUCGUCCAGAACCUACUCAUGGUACUAGGCUGCAUCUCGCAGCGCAACCUGGAGCCCAACGGACGCUCGCUCGUCGAGAAAAUUCGGCAGGUGGCGUCGACGCUUCUCAACGAUGCGCCGCACCGCAAGGGCCCGCUGGCCGUCAAGUCCGAGGAGGCCCUCGAGCAGCUCAUUGAGAUUCUCAUGAAGCUGGAGAAGACGGGCCCCGCGGGCGAGACGACCAAGAACGGCGGCGGCGGUGACCCGAACCAGAUGACGGCCGAGGACGAGGACGCAGAGCUCCGGCACUGGGCGGAUCUACGCGACAUAUUAUAA